AUGAGAUUUAUCGUGGUUAUAGCGACACUAAUAAUAAUUAAUUGUAUUAAAUGUGAAUCAGAUAAAUGUUUUCAUCAAGACGACCAUCCUUUUCCGUUCUUUGGCUCAAAAACUGCAUAUAGUUAUGUGUCAGCAAAACAAAACUAUACCCAACCAAAUUGUAAGCCAUUGCAAUUGUGGCUAUUGUCCAGACAUGGUACUCGACAUCCCGAAAGCACUUUAAUAGAUGAAAUAUCGAAUUUAAAUGAGUAUAAAGAUAACCUAACCAAUAAUUCAAGUUUAUGCAAAGAAGAUUUUGAGGCAAUCAAAGCAUGGAUUUUUAAUUUGACUGAAAAAGAUGGAUCUAAACUCAAUAACCAAGGUGUUAAUGAUUUGUCAUCUUUGGGAUUGAGACUUCAAAGUUUAUACGAAGACAUUUUUGACCAACCUUAUAAUCCCAUAACAUACAGUGUGUUAUCAUCGAAUAAAGAAAGAUCAAGGGAUAGUGCAUUUUACUUUUUAAAAUCUGUCUUUAAUGUGAAUGUUACGGACAUACCUUUAAUAAAUAGCGAUGAUAUCAAAUUAAACAUAUCAAAAUUUCAAAUUAUAUAUGACAACGAGGAAUUAAAGAAUUUUCGUAAUAGUAUAUACAUGCAAAACGUAAUUGUCAGAGUAUCGAAUAUUUUGGGACUUGAUCGUAAUCUGGAGUUCGGUACAAUAAAAUCUAUGUACAACUCAUGUCGAUUCGAAAGAUCAGUGGACAUAAAUUCUCACCCAGCUUGGUGUGCCGUAUUUUCUCAAGAAGAUUUAGAAGUUCUUGAGUACAAUGACGAUUUAAAGUAUUACUACUCAAAUGGGUAUGGCAACUCAUACAACGAAAGACUUGGCUGUCCGAUCGUGAGAGAUCUCAUGAAUAACUUUAGGAAUAAAUCUCAAGCAAAACCCGGGCCAAAAGGAGUGUUUUAUUUUGGUCAUUCAGCGAACGUAUUUAGUGCAAUUGUUAGACUAGGUUUUGCCAGAGACACUACGCCUUUGCUAAGUUCUAACUUUAAUGAUAUGCGCGAUAGAAAAUGGAAAACAUCAUAUUUGGAUCCUUUUGCAUCAAAUUUGAUGGCCGUGCUUUACGAAUGUCACGGUGAGAAAAAAGUAACUUUUUUUGUCAAUGAAGUUCCAAUGACUGUUGAGAAGUAUGGAUGUACUUUGUGUCCAUGGACAUCGAUCGAAAAUAUGUUUGAUCCCAUUGUUUCCAGCCCAUCGUGUACGUUUGAUGAAAAUAAUUCAUCAGCUUUCAGAGUGUGUACAACAACAAAUAUUCUCUUUCUCACUUGUUUAUUAACAUUUUUUUAUUAUCCGUAG